AUGAAUACCGGAAGCUCUAGCCAGAACCCACACCACGGCAUGGAAAUAAACCAAGUGGCCCUCAGGGAAGGACUGGAAUCAGAAGAAAGUGAUGCCCGACAUUCAGCACAUGGCAGCACAGGGAGUAGGAGGUCCAGGACCGGUUCCAGAAGGAUGAACCUGAUGCAGGAAUCUGUGUUACGACAAGAGGUCACAACACAAAGAAGCCAGGAUACUCUAAACAAUAUGACAGCCAUGAUGCAAUGGCAGGUCAACAGGCAAUUCAGGAAGGAUCGAGAGGCUGCCAUGGCCAGAAUUCCCAAUCCCGAUGAGGUGGUCCAGCAACUAGACCUUCCCUAUGGUCCCCCACCAGGGUUGGCGUGGCCAUAUCAAGAGAAUCCUCUUGUUGCACAGAUAGCUGGGAUGCCAGAACGGGGAGGAAUCCAGGCUGGACACCGGGGAAGUGGCUUUUCCUAUCCAAGAACGUCUGGCCCCAAUACAGCCAGAAGGUCCUGCGCCAGGACAAGUUCCACAGAAUCAGCAAGAGCCUCAGCCUGCUCCGCAACAAGCGGCCCCACAAGAUCACCCUAUGGAAGUUCUGCCUGA